CGUCCUCCCCGACAACAACAUCAUCAGUUGAAUCUGUUACGAUCCGACAAAGCCCGUAUUUUCCGACAAGAGCCGUUACAAUGUUUUCUUCCUCCUCAACUACUUCUUCCUCUUCAGAAAUUUACGCUGGAUCUUUCUCUUUCUCCGAUCACUCCUCGUCGUCGUCGCCGGCGAUGUCGCCGGAGGAGGAAGAGAUCUACAGCAAGCUCCGAGCCGCCGACAUUUUCGACCACGAGCAAGGCCUGAUCCUCCUCAGGAAGAUGACGAGAUCCAGCGAGGAUCUCCGCGUCUCUCUCUGCACCGACAGGAUCCUCUCUUUCCUCCGUCAGCUCCUCGUCUCCCGGUACAACCUCGUCCAGACCAACGCCGCGGCGUCUCUGGUCAACCUCUCGCUCGAGAAGCGGAACAAGGUGAGGAUCGUGAGGUCAGGGUUCGUGCCUCUGUUGAUCGACGUGUUGAAAUCCGGAACCGCGGAGGCGCAGGAGCAUGUUGCUGGAGCUUUGUUUAGUUUAGCGCUGGAGGAUGAGAACAAGAUGGUGAUUGGCGUGCUAGGAGCUGUGGAGCCGCUUCUCCACGCGCUUCGGUCUUCGGAGAGUGAGAGAGCGAAGGGAGACGCGGCGCUUGCGUUGUAUCAUUUGUCGUUGAUUCCGAGUAAUAGGACGAGGCUGGUUAGAGCGGGGGCGGUGGCGACUCUGCUGUCGAUGGUUAGGUCAGGGGAGUCUACGAGCCGGAUUUUAUUAGUUCUGUGCAACAUCGCGGCUUGUCCUGACGGGAAAAGCGCGAUGUUGGAAGGAAACGCGGUGGGGAUUCUUGUGGGGAAGCUUAGGGAAGGAGGAGGGGGAGAGGAUGAGGCGGCGCGUGAGAAUUGCGUGGCGGUUUUGUUGACGCUUUGUCAGGGGAAUUUGAGGUUUAGGGGGUUGGCGAGUGAGGCGGGGGCUGAGGAGGUGUUGAAGGAGGUGGAGGAGAAUGGGAAUGGGCGUGUGAAGGAGAAGGCGGGGAAGAUUCUGCAGGCGAUGAGAGGAGGAGGAGAAAGUGAGUACGGGGAGAACGCGGAGGCGCGUGAGUGGAACCGUAUGAUUGAAGCUACUGGUCUGAGUCGGACUCAGUUUGCUUGUACUUCUCAGUUCUAGGUGUUUUUUUUCUUCUUUUUGAUUUUCUUUUUACCAUUUUUGGUAAAAUGUUGUUAUAUUUUCUUUUUUUUUUGUUCGAUAAAAUGGGUGUAUAUUAUUAUUAAUCCGAGUGAAUUGUAAUAUGUGAUUAUUGUGUUUGUAAUAUCAAAUGACAAAAAUGAAAUGUCCAUUUGUUUGUAAA